AUGAGCUCUCGUGCAUCCGAUCUCGUGCGCGAUUCGCAACUGAACACGCGAUUUGUCGCCGGUGCCAUUCAGCACGUCUAUUACCUCUCGAGCAGUACUACGCGGCGACGACGUAUACGUACCGAAGAGACAUGGCGGAGGCAACGAGAGCUUGGAAAUGGCACAUUUGGUCGGGUUUGGCUGGAAGGUUGCGUCUCCGGUAGCAAGCAGGGGCAAUUGAGAGCAGUCAAAGAGAUCUCUAAGGAUGGAGCCUCCACUACAAUUGACUAUGGGCGAGAGCUGGAGGCGAUUGCUAAGUUUUCGCAUGGUAAUUAUGUCCACUGCUUCGUCAAAUCGUAUGGCUGGUACGAAACCAGUGAUGCCGUUUUCAUUGCAAUGGAGUAUCUAGAGCAUGGCGACCUGCAGAAGCAUUUGACUGGACCGCUUCCGGAGGUCGAGGCAAAGGAAAUAUCGUCUCAACUGGUCGAAGGCCUAGUCUUUAUGCACGAUAACGGCUUCGCACACCGAGAUUUGAAGCCCGGCAAUAUCCUCGUCCUUCAGCCCGGACCGGAGUGGUGGAUCAAGAUCAGUGACUUCGGAAUCAGCAAGCGAGCAGAGGAGGAGAAUACAGCGCUGAGAACCUUGAUCGGUACCGAAGGGUACCUGGCACCCGAACUCAAAGGCUUUCAAACGGCCGAGGAUGCUGCUCAAAAUGACUCGAACCAUCCCUCAUAUACCUUUGCCGUGGAUAUUUGGUCGCUCGGAGAAAUUAUCUUCAGAAUGAUGUCUCAUGAGGCCGCAUUUCGCAACCCGCGAGAUCUCUUCAAUUACGUGGUCUAUAACCGACCAUUUCCCGUUGAGCCUCUUCGAAAGAACAGCGCGAGCGAGGAUUGUGUUGACUUCGUGAUCAAGUUCACCCUGCUAAUAAUCGGCGAGGACAUCCGAAGUGGCUGCUACGGUGGCUAG